AUGCUGAUUCUGAAUCUGUCAACAUUUGCAAGAGUGGUAAAUCCUGUGAAUACUGUAGAUUGUUUUUGUGAUUUGGUGAAAAACAAUCUUUGUUUACAUUCAACAUCGGAUAUCUCACCAAAAGAACGUGAAAUUGCUAAGCAUUUGUGUGAAACAAUUGUAACAUUCAAUAAAUGUAAAAGAUUUGAAUACGAAGAGGAGACGACAUUGGAUCUUGAUGAAAUGUCAGAUGAUUACGAAAAUGAAGUUAAUGAUAACAUUUUUCAUGAUAAUGAUAGUUCUGAAGCUGAUGAUGAGUGGGGAUCAGAGGGAAAAGAACGAGAAGCUUAUAGCGUAAAGGGCUAUUCUUUGGAAUAUAUGAAACAAGUUGUUGGUUAUGCUGGUGCUAAAGAUUCAUCGGGUAAACGAAGAAGAUCAUGGAAGACAGUGCAUCAUAAAUACAAAAAAGGUUCCAGAUCAAUCAUACAUAAGUCGGUUCCGUAA